CCUCCUUCACACACCUUCAAACAUUCCCUCACACACACACACACACGGACACACACCUCUGGCUUUUGCCGUCCUUGCUUUGAUAUGGGCUGUUGCUGCGCUGACAGCCCUGGAAGACGAGACCGCGUGCAGGGGAGGGUGAGGCUGCUGUCCUGGAUUUAGAGCUGCCGAAGAAAGAGGGAGAGAACGAGAGAACGAGAGGCAGACAGAGAAAGAGGGGAGAAGUGAGAGAGGGAGAGAGGCUGGAGCCUGGAGACAUGCAGCACAGACCACAGAGCAGAGUGAGGACUGAAGGACUGGAGGACUGAGAUAGAUCUUGAGAGUCUGGGUCCAGGAGAUUUGCCCAAUACUAAGUAGAAGCUGAAGUCAGAUGAACCUGGAGAGUUCUGCAGGCUUCCACCAGGGCGGCGUGGCACGCCAGAGGGACAUGAUGGAGCAGAAAGUCAGCAAGCUGACGUUUGGCUUCCAGCGCAGCUCCACGUCGGACGACGACUCUGGCUGUGCUCUGGAGGAGUAUGCGUGGGUCCCCCCCGGUCUCCGACCUGAACAGGUGCAGUUGUAUUUCUCCUGUCUGCCUGAGGACAAGGUUCCCUACGUGAACAGUCCUGGAGAGAAGCACAGGAUCAAGCAGCUCCUCUACCAACUGCCUCCGCACGACAAUGAGGUGCGCUACUGCCAGUCCCUCAGCGAGGAGGAGAAGAAGGAGCUACACAUGUUCAGUGUCCAGAGGAAGAAGGAGGCUCUGGGGAGAGGCACGCUGAAACUGCUGCCUCGCUCUCUUCUACACGUCUGCCAGCAUUGUGGGGAGAACGUGAAUGGAGGAGAGAUGGCCGUGCUUGCUUCAAGGGCCGGCCCUGGCCUGUGCUGGCACCCAGCAUGCUUUGCGUGCUCCACCUGUAACGAGCUUCUGGUGGACCUCAUCUACUUCUAUCAAGAAGGCAAGAUUCACUGUGGCAGACACCACGCAGAGCUGCUGAAACCUCGAUGCACAGCCUGCGAUGAGAUUAUCUUUGCUGAUGAAUGCACAGAGGCGGAGGGACGCCACUGGCACAUGAAGCACUUCUCCUGUUUUGAAUGCGAGACAGUUCUGGGAGGCCAGCGCUACAUCAUGAAGGAUGGGCGGCCAUAUUGCUGCGGCUGCUUUGAAUCGCUCUACGCCGAGUACUGUGAGGCCUGUGGGGAACACAUUGGUGUGGACCAUGCCCAGAUGACCUACGACGGGCUCCACUGGCACGCCACCGAGAGCUGCUUCAGCUGUGCCCAGUGUAAGAGCUCCCUGCUGGGCUGCCCCUUCCUGCCUCGCCAGGGACGCAUCUACUGCUCCAAGGUGUGCAGCCUGGGCGAGGACGUCCAAGCCUCCGACUCCUCCGACUCCGCCUUCCAGUCCGCCCGCUCCCGCGAGUCGCGCCGGAGCGUGCGCAUGGGGAAGAGCAGCCGCUCGGCCGACCAGUGCCGCCAGUCGCUCCUCUUCUCGCCUUCCGUCAACUACAAGUUCCCCGGCCUCACCGCCGACGCCAACGACGACACGCUCACCAACAAGCUGGCGCACAUGAGCCUGUCGGACGAGCGCUUCUGGCGGGGCCGCGGCGAGGAGGUGGAGGCCCCCGAGGACCGGGAGGAGGAGUGGGCGGAGCACGAGGACUACAUGACCCAGCUGCUGCUCAAGUUUGGCGAGCACGGCGUCUUCCAGCAGGCGGACGAACCGCGGCCCGCCGACCCGUGGACGACGGAGACGGAGGCGAAGCUGAAGCAGGAGGUGAAGGCUGGGAUGGCCGGCGGAGGCGGUGGGGUCGGCGGAGGGGGAAGCCAGAGCCUGGCCAGUAAGAAGUACCAGGCUGAUAUGUACUGGGCCCAGUCCCAGGACGGGCUUGGGGACUCGGCCUACGGCAGCCACCCUGGGCCGGCCAGCAGCCGGAAGAUCCAGGAGCUGGAGCUGGAGCAUGGAGCUGGAGCGGGCUUCCAGAGAGAAGAGAAGCAGUGGUACGAUGACUCGCUGGAGUGCAUCACCGAUGAGUUGAAGCAGGCAGAGCAGAGCGUCAGAGACUCCAUGGACUCCCUGGCACUCUCCAAUAUCACCGGGGCUUCCGUUGAUGGCGACAGUAAGGACAGACCGCUGGUCUACUCUCUCCACAACUACCAGGAGCUGGAGACAGAGGACUGUGAGAAAACCAGCAACAUGGGAACCUUGAACUCCUCCAUGUUACAUCGAAGUGCCAAUUCCCUAAAGAGCCUUACGUCUGAGCUGGAGCAGGUGGAGGAGAACGUCCCGGAGGAGGAGGAGGAUGAGGAGGAGGCCCCUCUACCAGAGGAGAGACCCAAGCCUCCUUACCUCCCCGCACUGAGGAGAACACGCUCCCAGUCCAGGCCCCAGCAGGUCAAAUUCUCAGACGAUGUCAUUGACAACCAUUGCUACGGUGACCUGCCAGUGCGCCAGCCCCCUAUGAGCGAGCGGACCAGGCGGCGGGCGUACCACUUUGAGGAGCACGACCAGGAGCUUCGCGCUGGACGCCAUCAUCACCACCAUCAUCACAACCACCAACACAGGCGGCGCAGAAGCCGCAAGUCACGCUCCGACAACGCCCUCCACCUGGUGCCCAAGGAGAGGGCCCGCGUGUUCUACCGAGAGGACCACAGAGGGCACGCCGUCAACCCCAAGGGGCCCCAGGCCUUCCUGGCUGGCCAGCCAGGCCACAUCCAGCGGCCCCACGCUCACCCCCACGCCAACCCCGACUACGGGCUGCAGGGCCCAGCCAUGGAGAGGUUUCUGGGGCUGUGUGCGGAGGACGACGACUGGUGCUCCACCUGCUCAUCUUCCUCCUCAGAGUCGGAGGAGGAGGGCUUCUUCCUGGGCCAACCCAUCCCUCAGCCCCGGCCACACAGACACUACUACACAGAGGACCUGCCCAGCCCCAUGGCAGGCCUCCCCUCGCCGCCUUACGGCCCCCGGACUAAGUCCAACAAGAAGAAGGGACACAAAGGGAAGAACUGUAUCAUUUCUUAAGACUUUCAUGAUUUCCCCAGCUUGAAGUUAACGUGCUCUGUAGCCAUCUGUAUCUCGUUGCCACUAUUUGAAAUGAGAAAAGAAAUCCAAAUAGUCAGUCACAUUUCUAAAUUCUGUAAACAGGAAGUACAUGUAAACACACAGCACUGGUCAUCACCUCAAUUAGGAUAUUGAAUACAAAUACCAAACACAUUUCAGUAGUCUGUAACAAAAAACAUUGAAUUCAUUUAUUCAGAGCUAAACAUAUUUAUAAAGCAACAUCUAAAGACAAACUGAAAUGAUUAUUUAACAGUGCAGAUAUGAAUGUAAAUAUUGUAAAGUUCAGAUACAUAAUGGAUAUUUUUUAUACCCCCAAGUUCCAAAAGUUUUUUUUGUGGCAAUUACAGAACUCAUUUUCAUAACAAAGGUUUUAAACAUAAAAAUAGGAUGUCAACUGUGGCUUGACAGAGUAUGACCAUACUCUAUUACGCUAUUUCCAUCAUUUAUGUGCUUCUUAGUUUUCAGACUUCUGCAGCCCUGACCCUUGCAUGACACCAGUAUGCUUUAUAGGGCCUGGUUAGGUGGACUACUCUAUUUAUGGGUCAUAUUGUAAUGUAAACAGAUCAUUGUAAUCUGUAUAAAUGUAAAAAAACUGGAAUAUAAGGUUAAAAUUGAUAAUUGUAAUAAAACAUAUAUUAUGAUGUGAGACUUUC